AGUGUAUUACAGUUGAACAGCUGUUUUUUGGCGGCACGAAUUGUGGAUUUUUGUUAUUAAGUUCAUUUUGAAUAAACAAUCGAUUAAAGGACAUGGUUUGAAUGGCAGAAAGCUUGGAGAACCUCUCGCAGUGCUUCCUUCCACAACUGGUUGACCAAAUCUUUGAAAAUCAUCAAAAACACGUCUCUGGAAGCCAAACAAAAGAGGAAGAACGUGGACAACUGUUUUACGACCUCUCACGGCUGCUGGGCGAGGAGCUGGUGGAGCGUUCACUGCAUCUCCUGGACAGCUAUAGCUUCGUCUACUACCGUGCUGGAGGCCACCGCAACCUCUGCGUGGUGGAACUGUGCAAGGGAACGGAGGUUUUCCGGCUGCUGCCGCGAAUCAACUACUGCAAGUGCGACUUCUUCCAGAGCCAUGUGCUGCAGCUGCCCAGAGGCAUCCUCUACCACGACAUUCCCAGCUGUCAGCAGCGGUAUUUAGAGGAUUGGAGCGAGGAGAGCCGGGCAAGCUACACCUGCCCACACAUACUGUCCCUGCGGUUCCACCAGUUGCUGAAGCCCAGCACCGAGCAGGUCAUUAAGCCGGAUCAGUUGAGGCAGCUGUACGACGAAAUAUUCCGCGACUGA